AUAGCAAUGGAUGCUCCUGCUUGCUCUUCUAGUGCUACCAUUUGUCAGGGUGAAUCCUGUGUGUUGCCUGAGAGUAAUUACAACAGAAUUCUAAGUACUAUCCUAAGUACUGUUCUUACCAUCUUGUUGGCCUUAGUGAUGUUUUCCAUGGGUUGCAAUGUGGAACUCACUAAAUUCUUGGGUCACAUAAAGAGACCAUGGGGCAUAUUUGUGGGCUUCAUUUGUCAGUUUGGAAUUAUGCCCCUCACAGGCUUUAUCCUCUCUGUGGCCUUUAACAUCCUCCCCAUCCAGGCUGUUGCAGUGCUCAUCAUGGGCUGUUGUCCAGGAGGAACAGCUUCAAAUAUUUUGGCUUACUGGUGUGAUGGUGACAUGGACCUGAGUAUCAGUAUGACAACAUGUUCUACACUGCUUGCUUUGGGAAUGAUGCCUCUUUGUCUCUUUAUUUAUACAAAAAUGUGGACAGAUACUGGGUCAAUUAAAAUUCCCUAUGAUAGUUUAGGUAUUUCUUUAGUUUCUCUUGUUAUUCCUAUUUCUUUGGGAAUAGUUGUCAAACACAAAUGGCCAAAGAAAGCCAAGAUCAUACUUAAGGUUGGUUCCAUCACAGGGGCAGUUCUCAUAGUGAUCAUAGCUGUGACUGGAGGCAUAUUGUACCAGGGUUCCUGGACUAUUAAUCCUAAAUUGUGGAUUAUAGGAACAAUAUUUCCUUUGGCUGGUUAUUCACUGGGUUUCCUCCUGGCUUGGAUAGCUGGUCAGAACUGGCAGAGAUGUCGUACAGUGUCGUUGGAAACAGGAAUGCAGAACACUCAGCUGUGUUCAACGAUAGUACAACUGUCCUUCACCCCUGAAGAGCUGAAUCAAAUGUUUACAUUUCCACUCAUCUACAGUAUUUUCCAGCUUGUGAUGGCAGGAAUACUCGUAGGAUGCUAUGUCUUAUACAAGAAACAGACUGGCAAAACUAGUUCGGAAUUUGCAGAGAGCAAUGAUAAUGAAACAGACAUUAAGCCAUCCAGUUCUAUGCAGAAUGAAGGAUUUUCUCUGCAUGAAGACUAG